UUUACUGAUAGGCGAAUAGGUCUAUAUAAUUGCAUAUGACCCCGACGAAAUAGAUUGUUUCGAAGUGGUUUAACAAGUUUUAUCUGCUUAGUUAAAAAAUUAUUGAGUUGGUUGCGAGGUUUGCGAUUGCCGGUGAAAGCGCGACGUUACGUGAUUAACAAAGCCGGUGUGUACCACGACCACGUAGUACUUACAACACAGACAUGAGCCAGCUAUACGUGAGCGCGGAACAUGUCCUGCAAGGUGGCUACCACCAUGCCACACUGCGAAGGCUGCAGGAGCCUAACACUACAAUAGAACCCCAUAAUAUUAUGUACCCAGUGUUUUUGCUAGAAGACGACAAUGCUAAACAAGAAGUGGCCAGCAUGCCAAAUGUAUAUAGAUAUGGUAUCAACGAGCUGAUCCCAGUGUUAAAAGAUUUGGUGGCGAAAGGACUCAAAUCCAUACUUAUAUUUGGAAUCAUUGAAACUUUGCCCAAGGACCCGACCGGCUCGCACGCGGACUCGGCGCAGAACCCUGUGAUCCGAGCGCUGCCGAGGCUCCGCGCGGAGCUGCCGUCGCUGCUGCUGGCGUGCGACGUGUGCCUCUGCCCGUACACCUCGCACGGACACUGCGGCCUGCUGACCGACUCCGGCGCAAUCGACCAUGCUGCAUCUGUUAAAAGGAUCGCGGAGGUCGCACUCGCUUAUGCAUUGGCUGGUGCUCAAAUCGUGGCGCCCUCGGACAUGAUGGAUAAUAGAAUAAAGGCUAUCAAGGAGGCCUUGGUCUCUGUCAAGUUGCAAAACCAG